AUGGCGAGCAUCCCCGAUCAUACCAAAGCCGAGCUUGACAAGAUUCUGCGAGACGUUACAAGCAGCGAAAAGAACAGAAUCCCUGGAGUAGUAUUUGCUGCUGUUGGACGAGAUGGAAAGCCACUCUAUGUCGGUGCCGAGGGCGUACGAGCGAUUGGGCAAGAGGCAAAGAUGACUCCUGAUACGGUAUUGUGGAUGGCGUCUCUUACCAAGGCGGUGACUGGGAUCGCAGCGCUACAACUCAUCGAAGAGGGAAAGUUAUUCUUAGACGACGCUGCGCAAAUCGCCCGGCUCCUGCCCGAGCUGUCGCACGUGAAGGUCGUCUCAGGCAGCAAGGCCAACGGCUUCACCUACACACCUGUACAAGGAGGAACCACAUUACGGAACCUUUUGACACAUACGAGCGGGCACUCCUACACGUUCUUUGACAAGAAACUCAGAGAUGUUGUCGGGACUGGGCAAUACCAGGACGAAUUCUCUGGACGCCCAGGUGCUUUCAACCAGCCUUUGGUGCAUCAGCCAAACAGCACAUUCUCCUACGGAAUAGGCAUUGAUUGGGUAGGGAUCCUUAUUGAGCGCGUCACUGGGAAGAAGCUUGGGACCUACUUCGACGACCACAUCCUAGGUCCUCUUGGACUUCAAGAUACCGCGUUCGAGGUUAAACCACACAUGCUUCCCAGGCUUUCGGGAAUGCAUGCACGUCUAUCCGAGGACACUAUUAUUGAGCAGCAACAUGCUCCGAUUGCUUUUGCUCAGACGAAUGAGUUCCACUCGGGCGGUGGCGGUCUCUUCUCUACGAUCCACGACUACUUGAUGAUUCUCACAAUAUUCAUGAACGAAGGGAAAGGAUGGAACGGCGCUCAGAUUCUCAAGCCUCAGACUGUAUCACUCGCCACUCGAGAUAAUAUACCGUCCUCUCUUGCUCCUGCAUUGGACGCUCCCGUCUACGCCUGUCGAGAGGCUUUUUCCAACGACAUUCCGAACAUCUUCCCAGGCGCUAUUAAAGGAUGGGGUUUAACGUUCAUGAUAUCCAAGAAUGAGCUACCUACAGGCCGCUCUCCUGGAUCUAUCAACUGGUCUGCACUGUGCAACAUGUUUUGGUGGGUGGAUUUGAAGAAGGGCGUCGCUGGCAUGAUCGCUACCCAGAUCCUUCCGUUCCUCGAUGCCCCCGUUUUAGGAACACUGUUCAACGCGGAGGCCACGCUGUAUCGAGGGUUGGCGGAAUCUCCGCAGUUCAAACUUUGAGAUGUAGGAAAGUAUUAUGAUGAG